GGGGGGUGAAAUAAUUCGACGUAAGGCGUAAAGUAUUCAACAUGACGUCCGCAUCCGCAGCUAUAUAUCCCCCAUUGUCGAAAGCUUAUCUGCCACCUUGUAUUUAAUACGGGGACCAACUACCCCAGAUUUGUAAAUUCUAUGGCCACGUCAACCAUCCCUUUCGAGGUCACACCUGGGGUUGUCGCACGACGCACCAUGGAUUUGCGCCAGCUGCAUAGCUUUGACUCCCUUGACACGCUCCCGGAUGUGUCUCAUCCUCCCCAUUCGCAGAAACCUAGACCACUUUUAUUCUGGUUUGGUUAUCCCGUGGACUUUGCGAAGCUCGAAGCCUUCGUGCAAGAACAGAGCCCCCUCCAUCCUGAGCUCUCUCAGGAUUACACUCGGAGCGAGGGGAUCAACCAUGCUUGGAAUCGCAUCUUCAUCAUCGGUGUCAUACGCAAGAUCUUCGGGGAGUCGACUCGACUAAUUCCCGUGUAUGGCCGUAGGGAGGGCAAACCCAUUAUAGUCAUGUCUUUCUACUGCAACUUUGACGCUCCAGAAAGAGUGGUGCAUGAAAGUGAGAAGGCGUUUGCCCUCAAGUUCACCAGUUUGGAGGGGGAGCCCAGGUGGUAUCUUGACUGGCGUCGCAACCCCGAUCCCUCAGACCUGUAGAAAUCCGCUGUAUAUCCUCUAUGCCCCACCCCCGCCGUGAAUGACUGUAAGAAUAAGUACAAGCCUAUGUAUUAGCAUGUAUGAUAAGAGUUGGCCACUUGGUGUAUUUUGGGAUAACGUGCUUCUUGCGCGAAUGAGUCGCGUAUAUAUACAUUUUUAUUGGGCGAUACCAC